AUGGCGCUGGCGGAGGCGGGAGCCCGCGGGCGGCUCCUGUUCUGGCCCCGCGUCGUCCUCUUCGGAGACUCCAUCACUGAGUUCUCCUUCCAGGAAAAUGGCUGGGGGGCAUCCCUUGCUGAGAGACUGGUCAGAAAAUGUGAUGUUGUGAACCGUGGGCUCUCGGGGUACAACACCAGAUGGGCUAAAUUGAUCCUUCCAAGACUGAUCACUAAAAGUACUAGUGCUGAGAGUACUGUUGCGGUUACUAUUUUCUUUGGAGCUAAUGACAGUGCUUUGAAAGAUCUGAACCCGAAGCAACACGUUCCUUUGGAGGAAUAUGCUGCGAACUUAAAGAGCAUGAUACAGUAUCUGAAGUCAGUAGACAUUACUGAAGACAAGAUUAUUUUGAUAACGCCACCACCUCUUCAGGAAUCAGCUUGGGAAAAGGAGUGUCUUGCCAAAGGUGACAAAUUAAAUCGCCGCAAUGCCACCACUGGGGAAUACGCCCAGGCCUGUGUUCAGGUAGCUAGGGACUGCGGAACAGAUGUACUCGACCUCUGGACACUGAUGCAAAAAAAUCAGGAUUUCUCUUCCUAUUUGUCUGAUGGCCUUCAUUUAUCAACAAAAGGCAACAGCUUUCUAGCAGCACAGCUUUGGUCACGCCUGGAAAAAAAACUGUCUGCUCUUCCUUCACUGCUUCCUUAUUGGCGUGACGUGGACCAUACGAACCCCGAGGCCAGUCUUCUGUGAGACCCCCUGCAGUAAGGAGCCGAAGCAGCCAAGCCUGGCAAAGCCAGCCUGUUUAGAAACAGCCGGUACCCAGCAACACACUGCAAGCACUGCAUGCUUGGGGAACGGGGAGUCCCCUGUCAGUACUCUGCUGUGUCGCCUUCUCUUGGUCUGUGGGAGAAUAAAGAUGAGACCACUCGGGGUGUGUCGGGGGUGGUUUGUCUGCGUGCUGCUU